UAUCAUGGCAGCGCGGCUACUGUGUCCCGCGAAAGCGGGUAAACCGCCACUCUAAACAGCACGUUAUAGAUCUUCAUACACAAUACUGACGAUGAAUCGAUGAUCAUUAACCACCAAAAUGUGGGAUUUUUUUGUUUGGGGUUUUAACAAUGCGCUAGACGUCUCUUGUAUGAUGUGUUUUGUGAACUCAGUCGGAGCUGCUAGAUUCAUGAAAACAGGUCAUGUCUGGACAGAGAAAAGGAGCUUCAGCACGUCUUCGUAAAUGUGCCUUCUGUAGAAGUAACCGUGACAAGGAGUGUGGACAGCUACUGGUAUCGGAGAACCACAGGGUGGCAGCCCAUCACAAGUGCAUGCUUUUCUCUUCAGCGUUGGUGACAUCACACUCAGACAAUGAAAACAUUGGAGGCUUUUCCAUUGAAGAUGUAAAGAAGGAGCUAAAGAGAGGAAAUAAACUGAUGUGCUCUUCCUGUCACCGGCCCGGGGCAACGAUUGGUUGUGAUGUCAAAACAUGUCGGCGGACAUAUCACUAUUACUGCGCUCUGUGGGACAAGGCUCAGACCAAGGAGAAUCCCUCACAAGGAAUCUACCUUAUAUAUUGUCGGAAACACAGAGAUGCCUCUCAAGACGCAAGCGAUGAUGAAGAAGGAGUUGCAGCCAAUGACUCCGAUUCUUCUCCACCAAGGAGCAGAGGCAGGGGGCGUUUUGAGAAAAGUAGAAUCCGAGGUGUAUCGCGUGGACAGUCAGAUGAUACACGAUCCACCUCUUCACAAGGCAAUGAUGAUACAGAGAGCUCCUCACAUCGGGACCGGUCUCCUCUGAGAGGCAGCCCUAGUGAUUCAGGCCUUCGCUGUGGAUUCUGCCAUGCUGGUGAGGAAGAGAAUGAACUGCGGGGUGUGCUUCAUUCUGACAGUGCUAAGAAAGUUGCUGCGCACUACAAAUGCAUGCUUUUCUCUUCGGGAACUGUCCAGCUAACUACCACCUCACGUGCCGAAUUUGGGAACUUUGAAAUUAAAACGGUUAUUCAAGAAAUAAAGCGAGGAAAAAGAAUGAAAUGCACCCUGUGUGCCCAGCUAGGAGCCACCAUAGGAUGCGAGAUAAAGGCUUGCGUAAAGACCUACCACUAUCACUGUGGGCUGCAAGACAAAGCCAAAUACAUAGAGAAUAUGGCCAGAGGCAUUUACAAACUAUAUUGUAAGAAUCACAGUGGAAAUGAAGAAAGGGAUGAGGAAGAUGAAGAGCGGGAGAGUCGCAGUAGAGAGAAAGCUGCUAUUGACAACAGAGCAGAUCCUCCGCUGCAGGUCAACGGCAGCUAGAUGACGCAUGAAGACAAAAGACAUUAUAUCAAUUGGGGCGAAAUAAAUAUUUUUGUAUAAUGCUUCAUUAGAAACUAGGGACCAGCUCACAGAACCUGACAGUUUCAGUUUUCCUCUCUUUAAAGACAGUAUUUCAUGGACAUAGUAAACGAGAAUGUGAGUUCAGUAUCAGAUGACAUUGAUAUGUUACUGCGGAAUAAGUCAUAACAUAGUUGGAUAGGUUUUAUUUAAACAUAUGGUAUAAUAAUACUUCAAUACAUAUGACUGGAUGGAUGGAUGGAACAGUUUCAUCUACUUCUGCUUGCACCCCCAAAUUUCUUUGGCAAGCUGUUCUUUGACAGGACCCACCAGAAAAGACUCUUUGACUGUCUAAAGUACAUCUUCAAACCAUGAACUUUAAUAAGCCUAUCAAAAUAUUUCUAUUUCAACUGUUUUACCUGUUUUUUUUUCUCUCUCUUACAACAUGUAUUAUAUUUUAUUACUGUAUUAUACUCAUGAGUAAUACUGGAUAUCUGUGGUUUUCUUUUUAGUACGUGUCAGGAUUAAAGAAUAUCGGCUAGCAUGCA